GGCGAGCAGCGGCGGCAGGAAGUCUCUGACCGAAACGAGCAGAAAUAAGAGCCAGGGAGGGACCGCGACAGCGGCGGCGGCGAGAGCGAAAGAGGAAACUGCAGAAGAGGAAGCUCUGCGGCGGCCCCGAGCCUCCCGCCUAGCGCCCGGCAUCCCCGCGCGCCCCUGCGCCCGCGCCGCGCCCCCGGCGCCCCCUCCCCAGCGCGCCCCCGGCCGCCCCACCGCGCCGCGCCGCGCCGCGCUCGUCUGCCAUGGCCCGGGAGAACGGCGAGAGCAGCUCAUCCUGGAAAAAGCAAGCCGAAGACAUUAAGAAGAUCUUCGAGUUCAAGGAGACCCUCGGGACUGGGGCUUUUUCUGAAGUGGUUUUAGCUGAAGAGAAGGCAACUGGAAAACUCUUCGCAGUGAAGUGCAUCCCUAAGAAGGCGCUGAAGGGCAAGGAGAGCAGUAUAGAGAAUGAGAUCGCCGUGCUGAGAAAGAUUAAGCAUGAAAACAUAGUUGCCCUGGAAGACAUUUAUGAAAGCCCAAAUCACCUGUACUUGGUCAUGCAGCUAGUAUCCGGUGGYGAGUUGUUUGAUCGGAUAGUGGAGAAGGGAUUCUACACAGAGAAGGAUGCCAGCACUCUGAUCCGCCAGGUCCUGGAUGCUGUGUACUAUCUGCACAGAAUGGGCAUCGUCCACAGGGACCUCAAGCCUGAAAAUCUGUUGUACUACAGUCAAGAUGAAGAAUCCAAAAUAAUGAUCAGUGACUUUGGAUUGUCAAAAAUGGAGGGCAAAGGAGAUGUGAUGUCCACUGCCUGUGGAACCCCUGGCUAUGUUGCUCCUGAAGUUCUGGCCCAGAAACCUUACAGCAAAGCCGUUGACUGCUGGUCCAUCGGAGUCAUCGCCUACAUCUUGCUCUGUGGCUACCCUCCUUUUUAUGAYGAAAACGACUCCAAGCUCUUUGAACAGAUCCUCAAGGCAGAAUACGAGUUCGACUCUCCCUACUGGGAUGACAUCUCCGACUCUGCAAAAGACUUCAUUCGGAAUCUGAUGGAGAAAGAUCCAAAUAAAAGAUACACGUGUGAGCAGGCAGCUCGGCACCCAUGGAUUGCUGGUGACACUGCCCUCAACAAAAAUAUCCAUGAGUCCGUCAGUGCCCAGAUCCGGAAGAACUUUGCCAAAAGCAAAUGGAGACAAGCAUUUAAUGCCACAGCUGUCGUGAGGCAUAUGAGAAGACUACAUCUYGGCAGCAGCCUGGACAGCUCGAAUGCAGGUGUCUCCAGCAGCCUCAGUCUGGCCAGCCAAAAAGAUUGUCUGGAACCUUCCACGCUCUGUAGUUUCAUUUCCUCUUCGUCAGGGGUCUCAGGAGUUGGAGCCRAGCGGAGACCCAGGCCCACCACUGUGACGACAGUGCACACUGGAAGCAAGUGACCGGCUCUGGAGGUGGGAACCAGGGGGCGGGGCCAGGGAAGGGGAGCCCUGGGCCACCAAGAUCCSGCCCUACCUGGUGCACCUUCCUGCAUAGGACUGGAAGACACAAGUUUUUUUAUGGCCAUAUUUUAUACUGCAAUUCUGAAGUGUUCAUUUCUCACAAACUCUACUGACUCAAGGGGAGCUGAAUUAAUAGGACCUGGUGCUGUAUAUAUGAAUCUUGCAAAGCUCUAACAGAAUGGACCUUCUUCUUCCUCUCCCCCAACUCCGCCACUUCCAUUCUCUGCAGCGUAGGCAACCGUCUAGGGUGUGUUUUUUCAUGGAAAAAAUAUGGUUUCAACUGGAUUAUUUAAAUAUUAGUAAAUAUUGUGCAUUAGGAUUUUGUUUUCCUUUUAAGAAGUAUGUGUUCUUGCUCUAUCUCUCUCAGUUACAUGACCUCUAUCGUUUGCUCUUCAAUAGUAAUUUUAUGUUAACCUUUAAGAGAUUUUUUUUUCC